GAACGCAGCAAAACUUCAGCUUUUCAAGUGAAAGUCAGUGACCUCGCAGGAGCCGGCUAAAAAAAACAACUGCUACCGUUAUCUGCUGUAUUUCUUGACCGCCAGAGAAACUAUCAGAGCGGGUCAAAGCCGCCAUGCACUGUCUGAGAGCGCUGCGUCCGACUAACUGUGUCCGGCUGAUCGUCAAAAAUACAGAUGCCUCGAAGAAGGUUUUCAUCAUCCAGCCAGCAUGUUGCCUGCGCACAAAAUCAACAAUCGCGUCCCAGCGACUACCGUCCACACACUUUAAACAUUUCCAUUCGCAAAAGAAUGUGCACUCAAAGCCUCCCAGCUCUCGAGUGGAAGACAUGCUUUUCUACACCAUCACAGAGGGGAAAGAGCAAGUCCCCAUCUCAUACUUCACCUCAGCCCUGAAGAAAACCGGCCUUCAUCCGUCUGACCCUCGUCUGAGGGACUGCAUGGAGAAUCUCCGGAGAGCUGUGAGGGAAUCUGUUGGUGAGGUGAUGAUGGACAGAGACCUUUUCCACAGGUGUGUUGGUGGAAACAUCGUCCUGCUGAUCGAGGCCUUCAGGAAGAAAUUUAUCAUCCCUGAGUUUGAUGUGUUUGCACAAAAAAUAAAUGAAAUUUAUAACACAGUGCAAAAGCAAACUGAUGGAGAGGUUGCAGACUACAUCCCCCAGCUGGCCAAAUUUAAUCCAGAUCUGUGGGGCAUGUCUUUGUGUACAGUGGAUGGCCAGAGGCACUCAGUAGGCGACACCAAGCUGCCGUUCUGCCUGCAGUCCUGCGUGAAGCCCCUGCAGUACGCCAUCGCCGUCCAUGAAGCUGGAACAGAGAAGGUUCACCGUUAUGUCGGCAUGGAGCCCAGUGGACUCAAGUUCAACAUGCUCUCACUUGAUGAUGAAGAUAAACCUCACAACCCCAUGGUGAAUGCUGGGGCCAUAGUGAUCAGCUCUCUUAUCAAGCCUCGUUCGAACAAGGCAGAGAAGUUUGACUACGUUAUGGAGUUUGUGAAAAAGAUGGCAGGUCAAGAAUAUGUUGGAUUCAGCAAUGCCACGUUCCAGUCUGAAAAAGAAACAGGCGACAGAAAUUUUGCCAUUGGAUACUACAUGAAAGAGAAGAAGUGUUUUCCUCCGGGUGCGGAUAUGAUCGAUGCCCUAGACUUCUAUUUCCAGCUUUGCUCCAUUGAGGUGACCUGCGAGUCAGGAAGUAUCAUGGCAGCCACUCUGGCCAACGGAGGGAUCUGUCCCAUCACAGGCGAGCAUGUCCUGAGCGCGGAGGCAGUGCGAAACACCUUGAGUCUCAUGCACUCAUGUGGCAUGUAUGACUUCUCCGGCCAGAUGGCUUUUCAUGUGGGCUUGCCUGCCAAAUCCGGAGUGUCCGGUGCAAUACUGCUGGUGAUCCCCAAUGUAAUGGGAGUAAUGUGUUGGUCUCCUCCGCUGGACAGAGUUGGAAACAGCGUCCGAGGAAUACACUUCUGUCAGGAGCUUGUGUCACUCUUCAAUUUCCACAAUUAUGACAACUUGAGGCACUUUGUGAAGAAGCAGGAUCCUCGCAGGCAGGAUGGCGAUGACAGGAAUAAGUCUGUUUUCAACUUGAUGUUUGCUGCCUACAGUGGAGAUGUGUCAGCCUUGAGAAGGUUUGCACUUUCAUCCAUGGACAUGGAUCUGAAAGACUAUGAUUCUCGAACAGCGCUACACAUCGCUGCAGCAGAGGGUCACAUAGAUGUGGUGAAGUUCCUUACUGAAACCUGCAAAGUUGAUCCGUUCGUAGAAGACAGGUGGGGAAACCUCCCAGUCGAUGAUGCCAUGCAGUUCGGACAUGACGAGGUGGUGACGGUACUGAAAGAUUAUCAGCAGGUGUGCAGGCAACAGGAGACAAAACAAACUGAGGUUGAGCGCUCUCCGAAGCUGGACACCAUCGAGGGGAUGGUGUGAUGUCUGCGAGCGGAGCCACAAACUGCAACAUGUCAGGGCAUAUGUGCAAUCUGUCACAUUUUGAAAUAUGAUAAUCCACUGGUAACUCAGAGUACUGUAGGAAACACACAUCCAAACUGAUCUACAGCCUUUGGUCAAGUCACUUCACUAUAUGAAUUAACUAUGCAAAGCUGCAGCAGGGGAAAAGCUUUACCAGUGAAAUGGAAAAUGGUAUAAAUAUGCAAAUAGAAUAUAAAGUAGGCAAGAAAAUACAAUACGGAUAAUAGGCUGAGGAAAAAUAAUCACACAACAAUGCAAUAGAAUAUAACUCUUUUGUGUAAACAAUAACAUAUACGCUGCAAACAGUUUCAGCUUAAUUUCACAUCAACACUUCUGAAAGACAACAUGAACCUGGACACAAUGUUCAUGUUCUGAUAAGAUUCCUGUGAAGUUAUAUGGAGCUCAGGGUCUCAGUAUUGUUGCAGAGAAAUUUGAUGAACUCAAAAGAUAUUUAUACAGUGCUUCUUACAUUACAACAGUACUUUAUAUUUUUACUGUUCUAUGUUUUUAAUGCUCUAUUGUGCCUUGUUGAAAACCGCCUCCUUUCAAUAUGUAAGACUAUCUGGCUUGUUUGAAUGCAAAAGCAAAUUUGAUCACAAAUACACUUAACGUAGUAUUCAUUGUAUAUAUUUUGUUCUUCAGCUGUAAAUAAGUGUACCGGAUUCAACAUACAGAAAUAUAUUAUUAUAGAAAGUGUCAUAACAUUUUAAUUCUGCGUAAACAUGAGUAAUUUAUGACAUAAAUUAAACAUAUUUUAUUUA